AUGCGCGAAAGCACGAUACAGGUGGCUCACUGCUCCACGUACGUCGUCGAGCAGGACUCGUCGUCUGCCGUCACUUGCCACGCCUCACAUCGCCCGCGGCGUGGCGGUGCCACCGAGCUGACCGCAGCCGGACUUGCCAACGGCGCAGUUGCUCUCUUCACCAGCCGUGGCGAGCCGUCCUGUGCGGAGACCAAGCCCCGCAUGCUGCGCGGACACAGUGGCCUCGUCUGUGGGCUGCUCUUUGUCAGCGGUCCCGAGGUUGGAGGCCACGGAGGCUACCUCCUCCUCAGCUGCUCAGCCGACCGCACCGUGCGAGUGUGGGACCCUGCGAGCAGUGAGCCCGAACCGGCCUGCGUACAGACGCUCCGUGGGCACGGUGGCACCGUCACCGACCUUGCCAUUACUGACACUGGAAUGCUAGUCACCGGCUCGACAGACUCGACUGUCCGCAUCUGGCGCGCCGAUCCGGCCCGCACAGUGAUGUUGCACCCGUGGUUUAGUGAGGUGCAGGUCCUGAGAGACGUCAGCGGCUGGAUCAACGCGCUCGCGCUCCACAGCAAGGAGGAGACGCUCUACGUGGGCGACGAGCGAGGACACAUCUCCGUGUACCGCCCUGCCGGCGGUGCAAUGCGCCUCAGCCGCUGGCGGCAGCAGCCGCGGGUGCACUCGCUGGGCGUCACUCGGCUGCUGCUGGUGCCGGGUGAGCGUGUGCUGGUCUCCGCGUCGUACGACUGCACCGCGAAGGUGCUGGACACGCGCAGCGGCGCCGUGACACGCAUCAUCGAUAGCCCGCACAGGUCUCGAUUCACCGCUCUGUGCUGGGACGGCGCCCGUUCGGAGCUGCUCCUUGGGGACGAGAGUGGGCACUUGAGCAUCUGGGACGUCGGCGGCGAGGGCUGCCUCAAAUGUGAGCGCUUGUGGGGCGAUGGGGCCCUCCCAAAGCAAGGCGGCGAAAAGGUGGCAGCCGCACUGGCCAAUGCGGUUCGGGUCAGCCGGAUCGAUUCCACGGGGCCGCGCGUGGGCAAGCCGGGACCCAGUCAGGGCGGGCUGCGCCAUCUCGCUCUCGCGGAGGGAGGGCGCCUCCUCUCCUCCUCGGGCACCGCUGUCGACGCGUGGCGCGUCGUCCACGGAAUCAGCAGCGUGAGGGCCGCCGCACACAGCGCGGCAGUCGUUGCUGUCGCCGGACCCGGCACAGCUGCCGUGUGCGACGAGGGGGAGGAGCGGCGCUCAGACGCGGCGCGCUCGCCGGAAGCGGCGCUUUCGACACGGUCCAGCGAGAGCGCGGUCUACUCCGCUUCCCUCGACGGCACCAUCCGCGCGUGGGACCCGCAAGACAUGUCGUGCACAUCCAUCUUUCACGAGGUUCGGUCCGAAAUUGCCUGCCUAAUCCAUUGCCCGCGCUGUGAGCGGCUCGUCACUGGGCACGAUGACGGCGCGAUUCGGCUGUGGCAUGUGGACUCGGGAUCGACGGUGACGCUGUCGGGCCACUCCAACACAGUGACGUGCCUCAGCGUCGACACACGCGGCAAGUCCGUGCGGCUCCUCUCGUCGAGCUUUGACGGCACGGUUGGCGCGUGGGACAUUAGCGGGCAGCGGCCGCCAAGGCUCGAGCUGCUCUUCGCCGCCCACGAGGAGGAGGUGCUCGCCGUGCGCGCCGCGGAGCUGACGCCGCGGUACGUCACCGCCGGAUCCGGUGCGCCCAUCAAGAUAUGGUCGCUCGAUACUCACGCGCUGCUCGGACAGCUGCGCGGCCACACCGAGCCAGUCGGCCACCUCGCAGUCGAUGGCCACUUUCUGCUCUCGGGCUCGGACGACGGCUCGGUGCGGCUCUGGGACCUGUACGCAUACGCGCUGCUCCGCGUGCUCCCCCGUGUGCAAGAGGGGCCUCUCCGUGGCCUGCUCGUUGUGCCCGACUCCGGCUGGCUCGUCGCCUGCUCCGAGGCGGCGGUACGGGUGUGGGACUACGACUCUGGUGGGCUGCUCAAGGAGUGGCGGCACGCCGAGCCCUUCUGCAGCAUCGGGCUCCGCCGGUCGACGGGCGACGUGAUCGCAGGGACGGAGGAGGGCCUCCUCGUCGCCCUCCCCCUAGCAGAGCUGACGCCUUCGAUGGGCGCGUGA